GUUAGGGCAACGCUCUGGGCUUGAAAAAUGGCGGACGACGAUUUCCGCGAUGUCUUGCUCGAGCUGGAAAGGCUCGAGGAGGGCGACAAAUUCGUUCGCAAACGGGCCCUGGAGAACAUCUGCUCCAUCGUAAACACGAUGCACGCCGACCUACCCGAGAACAAGCGCAAGGUGCUCGUCUCCGUCGUCAUAGGACCCGUUCUCGGCGCGCUGGCUGACUCCACGGAACGAUGUCGCGAGCUCGCCGCUCAGCUGUUGCUCGACAUCAGCUCGAUGCUGCCGCUGUCGGACGACGUGAUCGGUAAGAUCGUGCCGACGCUCCGCCGGAGGCUUUGCGGUGCCGACGGGCAUGGCGAGACGUCGGAGGAAGUGCGGCUCCUCGAAGCGCAAGCGCUGACGCGGACUAUCAUGGGCGCCGGGGCCAAGUGCGCCAAGCAUCUCAACGACGUCGUCGUCACGCUGUGCGCCUGUCUGUGGGACGCCUUUUACGAAGUGAGGAAAGAAGCGUGUCGGUGCGUCGUUCAGCUGGAAAAAGCGGCACCCGAUCACUUCCACCUGCAAUGCGACUCCAUGCUGGAGCCGCUGCUGCAGGCGCUCAGGCAUCAGCAUUCGGCAGUCCGCACGCUCGCCAUGCAGGCGCUCGGACCGAUCCUGGAGCAAGGUGACUGCCGGUCCCUCACGCCAACCAUCGCGUCCACCGUGGCCGAACUUCUUGACGACCGUUCUACGGCCGUUCGUCUGGCCAUGGUCACGGCUGUGGCCAGGUGGCUGGCCAAGGACUUUGGCCCCAACGUGCUUCACAUCAUGCUGAUUUCCCUCACCGAUCAGAUCAACAGCGUAAGGGACAAAGCUGUGGAGCUGUGGAGAAUGGUUGGUGGGCUCUACGUCGAUGAUCAAGGUCUGCGUUAUGCCGCGGUGGAGGCAGAUGGCUGCCGCCUGCUGGUGCAGCGCCAUCUGGGGCACCUGAUCGGCGUGGCUCUGGAGGACUUAGAGGCGUGGCGGGUGGAGGAGCGCCGACGCGCGGCUAGAUUGCUCAACGAGACCUUCGGGUACGCGGGGACCCUCGCGGCUCCGCACCUGGGGGCGGCCAUGCCCGUGCUCAUCGCCGCCCUCUGCAGGGACGAGGAGGAAGUUCUCAGCUGGGUGACAAUGAGCCUCGAGGCAGUGAGCCCCUCUGUAAGCCCCGAGUGCUGGCUCACGGCCUUUGGGGGCCCGUUCUCGACGGGGGCACUGCACGCCUUUGCGGCCCUGGUCAGGCCCUGCCCCGAGGAGAAGCUGCGACCGUACGCCCAGCCCCUGUUCGCCAUCCUGUUCCAGUACGCUGGCGCCGCUGCCGACACGAGAAGCCAGCUUGAGGUGCUGGGAAGCAUGGAGGCACUCCUGGCCUCAGUACAAGACCCCAUGGACCUCUCCGUCAAGGAACUGCUCGCCUCCUGCCUUGGGGUGCAGGCCGCCUCUCAGGAUGACUGCAUCUCAGACAAGGUUGGGAUGCUGCUACGCCAGCUGUCCGGAAUGCUGAGCCUUCCCAGCGUAGAGGACAUGUCCGUUGUCUACGGCAAGGACAUGAUCCAGGACCUGUCCGAAAACCGACCGCACACCAAGACAGCACAUUGGGACGCCCUCAGGGAACUUGUCACUCAUGCAGGUACCCAGAGCGGAGACCUGGUCCCCUCGCUGGUGGCCCUGCUCAAUGGGGUCCAGCGCCGGCCCGAGUGGCAGCCCCAGGCGGCAUCUGUACUGCAGCAGGCGCUCUGCCACGGGCGUGGUUUGUCGCCCCAGUGCGCCCACGCCGCCCUCAGGGCGCUCCUGCCCCUGCUCACUGCCCAGGGGAGGCCCUGCCUGCCCGCACGCAGCGCGGCGCUCCGCUGCCUGCUCCAGCUCCUUGAGGCCCUGCCCUCCCUGCAGGCCAGCGCCGAGGUGGUGGGUGCCGUCCUCUCGCUCCUGGAAGACGCCCAGCCGCAGGUGCGCGCCUUGGCAUGCCGGGCUGCGGCGGCUUGCGCGCCCGAGCCUGUGGCGAGCCGGGCGCUCGUCGGCCGCCUGGACGACGUGUCAACGGAGGUGCGCGUGGCGGCCGCGAGGGCGCUCGAGGUCCUGGCCAUGGAAGGACUCCAGGAGGUGGUGGAUGCCCUCGAGCUGCACUCUGCGGAUGCCAGUCCGGCCGUGCGCAACGCCUGUUCGGAGGUCCUGGGAAAACUGUCGGGUAGCGACUCCCAGCUGGAAUUAGACGAGGCACACGAUACUUGCGUGUAGAUUACACCCACUUCACCCAUCAAUAAAGACACAGUUCAAACCAGGA